AUGUCGCUCGGGACACCUGCCCACACGACGACGGUCGGCGCAGAAGCCUUCUUUGGCGCUGGUCUUGCUUGCUGCCGUGUCUUCCGCCUCCUUCGCGUCAUCACGGUCCGGGACUUCCCCUACCGCAGCCUCCGCCUCCACGCCUGCCAUCGGUCCGCGGGGAAGCGCCUCGCCUUCGAGGACCGCGAGUACACCGUCCAGGACCUCGCGGCCCCGGGGGCGUUCGACGGCGUCGACAUCGCGCUGUUCAGCGCCGGCGGGAGCGUCAGCCGUAAGUAUGGGCCCGCGGCCGUCGCUAGAGGCGCCGUCGUCGUCGACAACAGCUCCGCGUUCCGAAUGGACCCCGAGGUGCCGCUCGUCAUCCCCGAGGUCAGCCCCGAGGCCAUGGGGAACGUCCGGCUCGGGCAGGGGGCGAUUGUGGCAAAUCCAAAUUGCUCGACCAUCAUCUGCCUCAUGGCUGCCACGCCGCUCCAUCGCCACGCUAAGGUCUUAAGGAUGGUUGUCAGCACAUACCAAGCAGAAAGUGGUGCUGGUGCUGCGGCAAUGGAAGAACUCAAGCUGCAGACUCAGGAGGUCUUGGAAGGGAAGGCGCCAACACGCAAUAUUUUCAAACAGCAGUAUGCUUUUAAUAUAUUCUCACACAAUGCACCAGUUCUUGAGAAUGGGUAUAACGAGGAAGAAAUGAAAAUGGUGAAGGAGACCAGAAAAUUUUGGAAUGACAAGGAUGUGAAAGUAACUGCUACUUGCAUACGGGUUCCUGUGAUGCGUGCGCAUGCUGAAAGUGUCAAUCUACAGUUUGAAAAGCCACUUGAUGAGGUAUCAGAUAAAGAUGAUGUAGCAGUGGGUAGAAUUCGUCUGGACUUGUCCCUGGAUGAUAACCGAGGGUUGGACAUAUUUGUCUGUGGUGAUCAGAUACGUAAAGGUGCCGCACUCAAUGCUGUUCAGAUUGCUGAAAUGCUCCUGAAGUGA